GCAAAAGGGGUAAAAGGAAAAGAGAAGGAAAAGAGACAUAUGGACAAAAUAUGAUUCCUAAUUCCUAAUCCCUAGUCCUGGCUGCUUCUGUUGACAAAUGGCCAGCAUUUGGGGUGGAAUUUAGCCACCUUUUCUUUGAUGAGCAGCUCGAACUGCAACUUUGGAGCCAAGAACUCAGCUUGUUUUGCAUCUUGUGCUUGUAAAUGGAUUCAAGAGAAGCUUCAAUUUCAAAUGCUCCAUAUUAUAUCCAUGAUUUCAAAGAUGAAGAUGAUCUUCACGAUUCGAUAUACAAAAGGAAACUACUUGGGGGUGAGAAUUCAAAGAUUGGCUCUGCAAAUGUGCCCUCCCCAUCUGCCAAGUUUUUGCAAAUAGCAGAGAGAAGGGAUGGGAUUUCACGGUCUGUUACUUCUUCAGGAGGGAUUCUUAGAUCGAAAAUCAAGUUGAGAUCUUCCGUAGGAUUUUGUAAAGAGUGGAUCAAAAACCCUUUGAACAUUGCCCUUCUUUUGUGGAUGAUGUGCGUCACAGUUUCGGGAGCGGUACUCUUUCUUGUAAUGACUGGAAUGUUGAACAAUCUCUUGCCAAGUAAACCACAGAGAGAUGUUUGGUUUGAGGCUAAUAACCAAAUCCUGACUGCUCUCUUCACUCUCAUGUGUUUGUACCAUCAUCCUAAGCGGAUUCACCACUCGAUACUUCUGUGUAGGUGGAAACCGAACGAUAUUCGUACACUGCGAGAAAUAUACUGCACAAAUGGAACUUACAAGCCUCAUGAAUGGAGACACAUGAUGGUACUCCUUGUGUUGCUUAACAUAAACUGCAUUGCCCAAUAUGCUUUAUCUGGCCUUAAUUUGAGCUACAAAAAACCUGAGAGGUCAGUUUUUGGAGUUUCAGUCUGCCUUGCUGUUGCAAUCUCAGCUGCUGCAGGUGCUGGUUUAUACUCCACUUUUGGCCCACUUGGAAAGGAAUACGACUGCGAUGACAAUGUCGAAGAGAGCGUCUCGGUUGCACCAAGAAUUGUUGAGAAGCCACAAUGGAGAGGGGGGCUGUUCCAUUUCUUGGAUGACAUUARAACAGCCUGCCUUUCCAUCUUCUGCAGCUUCUGUUUAUUUGGAUGGAACAUGGAAAGGCUCAGAUUCGGGAACAAAUACGUGCAUGUCGCGACAUUCGUAAUCUUCUGCACCGCCCCGCUUUGUUUGUUUGGUUUGGCAGCUAACAUUGUUGAUCCUUGGUCUGUCAAAGUAGCUCUCAGUUUAAUUGGAAUUCUGCUUUCCAUGUUUGGGCUGCUCUAUGGUGGAUACUGGAGGAUUCAAAUGAGGAAACGGUUCGACUUGCCAAAGAACGACUCGUGUUGCGGGAAACCAAAUGUUGCAGACUGUUCACAGUGGCUUUUCUGCUGUUGCUGCUCUCUUGCUCAGGAGGUUAGGACAGCUGAUUACUAUGAAACAAUGGAAGACAACCUAUGCAAAAACCGAACUAACGACAACGUAAAGAACAAGAUCUUGUCCCCGUUACCUCGGGAAGGUGGAGUUGCUCAUGAGUUUAGAUCAAACCUGGCUUCUCCAAUCUGGGAUAAUGCAAAAUUAACCGAGAUGAGAGCCAAAAAAUAUCAGUAUCCAAACAAGUUCUUAGGUGAAACUUAUGGAGAAGAUCAUAUUAUGAAGCCCCCUGCUCCAUCAUCAAUGCAAAGAGAGGGUGAUGAAUCUUUGAGAAAUUGAAUUUUGUUAUAAAUUCAGUUUUGUUUUGGCCAUUUUUGAACUAAUGUACUGUUUUAUGUGUAUUAUAAUGUAAAUUCAUAGAGUAAUGUAUGUUCAUUUUGUACUA